AAACUAACCAAAAUGUCUGUAACUGAUGAUGACAUCAUCAAAAAACGACUGUUGAUUGAAGGUGAUGGAGGUAAUGAUGACAAACGAAUUUGCAACCUUAUAAGGACAUUUCUCCGUUACUGUAACUCCUCAGAAAAUGAUGAGGAAAAUGUGACAAAUUAUCAGCGGAUCUUGGCAACUCUUACCCAGUCUGAAUACACUAUAGAGAAAUCCUGCAAAGUGUAUCAGAUGAACCUUAAAGAGCAGAACAACUAUGACCAACUCAGUAACCAGAUAGAGCAAAAAAUAAAGGAAGCAACGGAGAAGAUUGCAGAAUGCAAAAAGGAAGUUCAGCAAGCGAAAAGAAUACGUAAAAACAGACAAGAGUAUGAUGCUUUGGCUAAAGUGAUACAGCAACACCCAGACAGACAGGAAACCACCAGACAGCUGCAGUGUUUGGACAAAGAAGUAGCAAGUCUGGAAGAAUCCAAGGAAAUACUGGAACAAAAGUUGGACUUGAGAAGAAAGCAGUUUCAUGUGUUGAUAGCAUCCAUCCAUGAACUGGAGAAGAUCCUAGAAGAUGAUGAGAAGAAAGAGUCCAUGGAUACAAGCUGACGGAUGUGCUUGUAUUGUGUUCAUUAAGAAAAUCUCCAAGAUCAAUAUCAACGGAACUGAGCAAGAGAAAGAAACUUUGGUUAAACUCCCAUUGAUUGGGAAUGAUGGAACAAUGAAGGGGGUAGCUCUUGAUGCUGUAAUCCAAAUUGUUGGUGUUUGAGGAAAAUUGAUAAUUUGGUUAACUUGUGGUAACAUUGCUUCAGGUAUCUAACUACAGGUUAGGGCCUGUUCAUAAAAAAUAACAGAAAAAGUUUAAACUAAAUUGUCUACAGAGGUUAUUAUUAUUUUUUUUAAUGGUAUUAAUAAAUCAUUGAAAGUUUUUUUUUACUGAAUUUGGUCAAAGAUAGUCACCAAUCAUUUCAUUGUCAAUACAGUUAAUUAAUGAAGAUAAAUAGAAUCAGGCACAUCCUCUCAUCUUGGUAAAUUUCAUAUGAGAUCAGUCAUCAUGAAUAUUUGAUACAUUACAUAAUUUUCACCUUAAUUUACCAGAUAUGUAAUUACUUUGUUUUAACAUUCAC